GGAGGAGAGAGAGAGAGAGAGAGAGAGCAAGCGUCAGCACUCCAUGUGUUUAAAGGGCAGAUGGUAACGGCGGGGUAACUGAGGAGCAAACCACUUCUGCCGGCCACAGAGCAAGAGAUCAGCGGAGACGGGGAGGUGGAGGGAGGGAGGAGAGCGAGCACAUGCAGCGCAGCGGAGGAGAGGAGCAUCUGAGAGGAAGCUGCGCGCCUGCUCUGACAGGGAGGAGAGGACCCAGUACUUCUGCAGCUCCCUAACAGGGCAAAGAGACGGAGGAAGAGAUUCAGGGGACGAGGGGGGGGGGGGGGAGAAAAGUAGCCCUCCUCCCCACUUAGACAGACGCAGAGACAAAGCGCGAGGAGAGACAGCAGGGAACUGAGGAGGCUGGGAUGCGAGAAGCAGGAGGAGGACGGGAGAUAGUUAGAGCAACUGCAGGACUGAUCAAUUUCAGCAAGAGAUUUAGACUCAGCGAAAAGAGCCGGAGAGGGAGAGGGAGAGGGAGAGGGAGGGGGAGGGAAGCCGGCGACGGGCAAAAGAUUGAUGAAUAAGACAUGGGUAAAAGACUUAAAGAGAAAUAUUUAACUGGAGACAGAGGCAUCUAGCACAUUCAGAGAAGAAGCUGAGAGAAGCUCCGAAAGACGAGGAGGAACAGAGGGUGAAAUAUUCACGAGGAUCCAGACACUGAAGGGGAGUUGGGGGGGGGGGGGGGCUGAGACUAACUUCCAAAAACUUGGAGAAGAGAGAGAAUAAAUGAGUGCGGCAGAGGGAAACUGAGCUCCUCCUCCUCCGCUUACUCCUAAUAAAAGCCAACAAGCAGCAGAAGCACAACAGAAGGCGAAGCAAGAAGUUUGAGGACAAAACAACAACAGCUGCCCAGGUAGACGCUGAACCGCACGAAAGUCGACUUUCUCCAAUGGCGUGCUACUACAUUGUGAUCAGUUCCACCCACCUGCAUGACGGACAGCUGAGGAGCAUCAAGGGGGUGUUCAGAGGACCAAUAGGAGCCAGCGGCCAGAGGAACACGGAUGAAGGAGACUCCAGGUUUUACUGUGAGCUGUGCAACAAGCAGUAUGUGAGACAGCAGCAGUACGAGAACCAUAUUAACUCCUACGACCACCAUCACAAGCAGCGCCUGAAGGAGCUGAAACAGAGGGAGUUUUACAGAGCGCUGGCCUGCAGGAGGCAGAGGAGACGCAGGGAGGAGAAGAGAGAGGAGAGAGCGCUGAGGAGAGUGCAUCAGCGUGACGUGAGGAGGACCGGAGAGUGUGCUCCAGGUUCUGGUCCCAUGUUCCGGUCCACCACGGUGGCAAUCGACCCGGCGAAUCAGCCGCAACCAAACGUUCAGCGGAACUGGGAAGAUUUCCAUCCGAGUGGCGCCGAGCAGGCAACAAAACCUCAGAACCCGCUGAUCCAAUCCUUCCUACCCCUAGACCCCACACUUGAGACCAGACUCCUGAGCAACACUCAGUGGGCGUACGGCCAAACGGAUGCAAACAACUCUCCGGGUGCUGCUGAUGGAUGCUGCAUCCUCAAAAAGACCCAUCUGGGCUGCAGUCACCUCAGAGCCAAGCACACUUUUAACCCUGACGACACACACUGUACUGUUUCAAAUCACUUCUACAACCAUGUGCAACCUCAGUGUUACAUGAGUAACGCCAUGUCUCCUGUAGAUGUCCCACCAACUACCACUGCCACAAAAACCUGUGACAAGUCUAAACUGAACACAAGUGACAACAGUGGCAAGGGGAUGAGCACAACGACUGAUGCUCUGUCAGCGCCAGGCAGACUCCGCCCCGUGUCCUUCUCCCUGCCUAAGAGGACCUGCGUGCUCCUGCACCAGUCUGCUGCGGUUUUCAUCCAAGCCGGACAGGGUGCAGGCUUGCCAGGGAAACAAGUGGGUGUGGCAAAUCAGGAAAGAGCCAAAAACAUCGGAGAGAAAGUUGCUGAUAAGGGGCUCAAGUCUCCAGUGUCUUCAGAUGUGGAUGCCUGGGACACUUUAAAUCAGUGCAGUGUAAACAGCAAGAUUGAAUUCCAGCCUGCUGAGUCCGCUGACAAAGCACCGUUGGGACUGCCGAGGAAUAAGGCCCAGAUUUCUUCAUGCAGUCGUAAUGUGAUUGGAGCGGAGCACUUGACUAUUAGUGAGAGUGGAACCAAGCUCUCUUUCUGUAAAGACAAUGGGAAUGAGGCCGAACAUGAGACUGGAGCUCAUCUUUAUUCAAACGGUGACAAAACAGGGCAGAUUUCUGGCAGCGUCAGCACAGAGCCAGUGCAGAGAGUCAAUGAGGUCCCCGAUCAGGGGACAACAGGUCCAGAAGAUAAAGAUCUGCUUUGUCCUGCCACGGAUUCUGCUGACAACACUGUUUCUUGUGUCGUAAAUGAGACUCUAACUCCAACACAACCCGAAGAAUCUGGCCUCCCCUCGAUAACCUGUUACAAAGCAUCACCGCCUGUCCCUCCAAAUCGCCCCAAGGAGCCUUUCUGUCAGGUUCUGAGCCGUGAUGGAAGCAGGGUUCUUCUUUGGCCCACGGAGAUGGUCAACUACACCAAGACGUCGCCUUCCAUAUCCUACAGCGUCAACCCCCUACUGUACGACUUCAGAGCCCACCACAAGGCCCAAAAAGGGGGCAGAGAAAAGAAAGGAGGGCUGGAGGAAUGGAGGGAGGGAGAAAAGCCAUCUGUGAUCAAACAACCCGACUGCCAAGAGAGGCAUGAAGAUACAGAGGGAGGAAGGAAAGUAAAGAUAGAUGAAAGGGAAGAAGAGGCAGAGGGGCGACAGGCAGGAAAUCCUGUGGAAGCUGACGACCAUUGUGAUGGCGGCGACACAAUCCAGCCGCGCUCCAGUUGCCCUGAUAAAAAUGCUUUAAAAUUUGUUCCCGUUUCUGCAGAAUGUCGCCAUUCGCCGGCGCUGGGCCUUCAAAAAGUGGCAAAGAGAAGGAGAAGGAGGAGGGCAGGGACGGGGAGGGGAAUGAGGAAGAGGGGGAGAAAGAAAAGAAGAGGAAAGGCGAAUAAAAAAGACUCCGAAAAGGGAAGGAUAAUGAGUCCCCUUUCUGCAAGUCAGAUGUUUGAAGGGAGAGGGGAAGAGAAGCUGAAAAGAGAGGGCAACACAAAAGACGAGAGGAGAGAUAAAGAGCUAUUAAGUAAUCUCACUGCAAAUCGGCAGGUAGGAGGGAGAGAAAAGAAGGCAAGGGAAGAGGAGCGAAGGAUGAGAGGAGAUCAGACGAUGCGAGAGAGGGCAGGUAGAAAUGACGAGAAGAGGGGAGAGCUAUUAAGUAAUCUUCCGGUGAAUCGGUGUAAUCGGUGUAACCAGCUGUGUCUGCAGGUGAAGCGGGAGGCCAGCCAACAUCAAUCCCACCAAUCAGCCUCCGGAUGGGGCCCGGGGCUCAGAAAGCUCCUCUGCAGGGGUGCAGCGUGCAGCUCUGUGAUUAGCCCCGUCCCCAAGUCUGUUAUGGAGACGCCACGCUGUCCUGCAAUUACACCCGACCCUGCUGAGGAUGACAAAGGGACGAGAGUGAUGCACAAAGACAUGCAGGCGGGGAAGGAGGACGGGAAGGAGCAAAGGAAUCCUAGCAGCGCCGAGAUAAGAGGCACCGAGGACGCCGAGGAAAACACGUGUAAGCUAGCGAUUAGCGGUGUUACUUUUCCCCGUCGAGACGCAGCGUGUGAGGAAGAAAUGCGUCUCGUGCUCGAACCUCACGGAGGAGCAGCGGGAACUCCGCCGAUUAGCCCCAUCCCUGCUUCCUCCAGAGACACAGCGUGUGGUCAAACAAAAACAUUACCUGCAGGACAAAGCUGUGCUAUGAUAGCUCAGAGCCCACACUGUUCACAAACAGAACUGAGAGUCGGAUCGGCCUGCGAGGACGCGGCUCCUCCGGCUCAGCUGCUCUCAACGAUGUUGCAGAGAGCAGGAAUGGCUGGAAAGAGGCAGGGAGGUUCGCCGGAGCCCGCGGUACCGAAGAAGAAACGGAGACGAGGAAGGAGGCACCUGAGGAGGUUCAUGAACGUUCUGAUGAAAAGGCGACAAAGAGCACAGGCCAGUUUGACCUCCAGUCUCAGUGGGGCAGGGAACUGUUGUUGUCAGGAGCUCAGAUCCACAGACUGCCACUUACUUUGUAGGACACAACAGUCCUUGUGCCACAACACCGAGGCGGAAACAUUUAGCUGCGGUUGUGAUGAUCAACACAAGCGCUGCUGUUGUGCCGACAGGGGAGGCAGCGGAGGAGACGCUAACGGUUGCAGUCAGUUAAACUGCGAUGGCGCCGAAGGCUUGACGCAACUCGGUGACUGUCACACCUGUGACACACCAACGCGGUGGAGCCAGGGAGCCGAGGCGUCUAUCAGAGAUGGACAUGAUUCUGCCGCCUGCUGUGAUCAGGGUGCAGAGUUUGUCAGGGGGUGUCAAGUGCGCGCGGUUGACCAGAAUCCAGAGUCUACUUUGAGCCAAACGGAGCCCCUCGUGUAUGCGUGUUUAACAGAUCCCCUCACAUGUAGCACCAAUGACCGCUGUCAGUGCGAAAGCACACACGAUCCUACAAACGACAGCAAAGAGUCCGCGAGCAGACAAAUCUGCAAAACCGAUGACACAUUUCAUCGCAGUGGCGACUCCAACGAGAAAAACGAGAGGAGCGAGCGCAGCGAGGAGGGUGAAGCUGAAGCCCAGUGCCACAUUCAUGAGAGAACCCCUCUCUCUGAUCCAGAAAGUGAUUAUAGAAGCUGUGUGGGUGUUCAUCAGAGUGAAACUGACGGCGGUCAGCGCCACGGUUUCAGCCGUGCUCCUGAUUGUAAUCGCAGCAGUAAUACGGCUAAUAACACCAGCACCAGAAAUGAAGCAGAACAUGUACUAACGAGGGAGAGGCAGAGGGAGGAGAAGGCGGAGGAGGCGGAGGAGGAGGACAAGCGCUUGGAGAGGAGGAGAGAGGAGUGGGAGAAGGAGUGGGUGAGGAGGAAGGAGAAGGAGGAGAGGGAGAGGAGGAAGGGGAUAGAGUUUGAGCAUUUCUUUUCAGAGAAGAGGCAGUGCUUUCCUCAUCACCUCCCCCCACACUGCAUCCCGCUCCACGCUCCGCUCUUCAUCCGGCCGUCCCUCUCGUCUUCUUCUUCCUUCUCCUUCCACCACACCUUCAUCCAACACAAUCUCUCCCUCCUGCCCCCGCCGUCACACCUCUCCCUCUCCUCUUACCCCCACAUUCUACCCCCCUUCUCCCCUCACCUAUCUCCUCUAGGAGUAUAG